AUUAUAGAUAAGGGGACCUAACUGCAGCUACGAGUUUCAUACAGAUACCAAGAGCAUUUUUUCAUCCUACAUUAAUUGGACAAUAGAAGCUUAUCAAGACACUAGUUGUAUCAACAGAGGCUCUAAUAACGCGUGGGUUGUAUGCAAUAACUAGCUCGCCUCUAGCUUUAUUCUGUCGGUGUACACGAAGAUUGUCGUGUGAUUUCAAAGAAGUUUCCUCGCAAAGUCAUCGAAGUGAUAAAUUGUUAUUCGUUAAUUUUUCUUCCUGGUGAAGCAAGGGGUCUCUUCGAGUUCUUCAAGUUUUCCAUUCCAAAUCAUCAGCCAUGUCGUUGUCCUCCAACGAGCAGCUGGAGUUCAAGCUGCUCACCAGGGAGAAGGUGCAGGAGGCAUUGGAAAUUCAAACUGAAACUAUGAAACAAGAAUGUCUGGCUAUAGGCUUUGGAAUGUUCGAAGAAGCCGGCGCAGCUGAAGAAAUGCGAAUGCUUUUUACAGAGAUCGUUAAAGACGGUUCUACGAUUAUGGCUGUUGACAGAGAAACGGACAAACUGGCGGCGGUGGCGUUCAAUAAAAUACAUGCUCGACCAAGAGAAGGUGAAAAGGAUCAGCUGGAGAUCUUCAUGAAAGAGAAUCUGAAGCACCGAGCGUGCCAGGAGUUGGUCAAGUUCCUUGAUAGCAUUCAGAUGAACGUGGACAUUUUCAAAAAUUACAACGCAAACGGGGCGAUAGAACUGUUUUAUCUUGGCACCGAUCCGCGAUAUCAAGGCCGCGGUAUCGGCUCCCAAAUGGUACAAAAGUGCAUCGAGUUUGGCCGAGGGCUCUUGAACGGCACGAUGAAAAGGAGUUCGAUCGACGGAGGUAUCGGGAACGAGCAGGUGCUUCCAGAAUUUAUAUACGGGGUCUUUGCUUCCAACUACAGUCAAAGGAUCGCUGAGACGAUGGGUUUCGAGGUUCUGCACGAGGUUCGAUACGAUGAUUAUUCUUUCGCUGGUAAAAAAUUGUCCGAGAUGAUAGGGGACGUUCACAGGUCGGCUAGGUUGCAAGGUCUCAGACUCUGAGUUGUCUGAAAUAGAUGUUAUAAUGUAAUGUGAAAUAUAAAAAAAAAGAAAAUUAAUUAUUAAUUUAAAAAAUAACUAUGCCAAAGAACUAUGCCAAAUUUGUAUUGUUAGAACACGUUAAUUAUUAAUAUAAAAGAAAAGAAAAUAUAUAAGU